UUUAGUGAUUUUUUUAAGCUUUUUCCAGCUUAGUUAAUCUGUAAAUUUUCGGUGAAAUGGAAUCGGAUCGUGAAUUGCCCACUGACGAUGCCUUGAUGGAGUUGGAGGGGUUCGAACCGUGGGAUAAUGUUAAAUCGUCAGCAAGCCUGGUCACACUGAAGCGGAGUUUGAGCCAAGAGACUAUAACGCCACCCGGGGAUGAGGUGGAUAAUCAAAUCGAACUUAGUCCGGACGCCAUACACUUGGGUCUGCUUGUAGAGAAGGGGUUGAUCGAGUAUGAUUCUCUGGACAUGCCCACCGACGAGGAUGAGGUAGAUGACUAUUCCGAACUUUUGUCCAGGUCAACGGAUCGCGGGGGCAUAGCUGAAAUAGUGAAGGAAAUGCGUAACGAAUUCAUGGUCAAGCUAAGUUCUAAGGCAAAGAGUGUCAAGGAAAUCCUGAUUCAGAGGGGCCUAAUGCAGCCUACUGAAGAUAGUGCUGAUCAGAUUUUUGAAUCUGAGCUUAAGGAUAAAGUGACUAAGGAUGAUCCGGAGGAAUCCGAAUUUAUGGACCAUUCGGUCAAUGACGAAGAGACAAACCUUCAACUAGAGGUGGUCGAUCGGAACGAUGAAAUCUCUGGGCUCAUCAGCAAAAUCAAUCAAUUUACCUCUGGAAUGGAGAAAGACCCGGACAGUGUGGACUGGGGUCAAUUCAGGGCCAACCUUCUAAAAGUACAUAGGUAUUAUGUGAGCACUGGCGAUCAGGAGAAACAUAUUUUACCUGGGCUAGCUGAUAUCUACUCUGCACCCGAAUCAGCUGACAUUAGUAAGCCCUUGAAAGACAUCAGCAGUCGGGCCAGGUACCUCCGGGGCACCAUCAGAGGUCUCGAAUGCAAGAUGCUUAACCUGGACAAUUCCUUUGAUGUGUUUUGCGACCAGUUCGACCGCAGUUCAAUUUCCAAUAAGCGAGUGGACCGGGACGUGGUGGUGCUUUCGAUGAUGCGCGACGGGAUAGGACUACGGCUUAGCCAAUUGGAAGUGGAGUUCCGAAGUGCCAAAGAGCAAUUGUUUAAUCGAGGCCUAAGUCCGGAAAACCAGAGCGACCUCAUUGCUCCCUCGAACAAUUAACCAAUAUGCCCAUGUCUGUAUUUGGUAUCAUUAGAGUGAGCCAGUGGCUUUUCCUUGUGUUCUCAGCGAUUGGUUUAUAAACGCAUUUGUAAUAAUAAAUACAUCAUAAAUAA